CAGCUUGCUGGGGUUGGGGGAAUCUAAAGAUUAAAACCAUCUUGUCAUAGAUGCUUGCAUACUUCUUUCUCAUAAAUCCUGAAAAAUAUUCAUGGGAUACAUAUGAUCUAAAUCCUCCAAAGAAUGUCUCAAGGCACUUCAAUUGUUGGGUGCUCUUUUUAACACCACCAUCCAGCUAAUUCCAACUGGGUCUCCUCUAAAAAACAAAGAGCAAAAUCCAAAUCGCCAAAAACAAAUUUCUUCUACGGAUCCUUUGCCAGAACCAACGAGACACCCACACUUCACGUUGUGGUACAACAUCUUAUCACCUUUGCUGCACUUAAAAAAUAUCCGUAAAAUCCAAGUCAACCAGCCUUUCCUCUUCUUGCCCCAGUCACUUCCACCUCUUUUCAUCCCACAUUGACGGGGUAAGCCCUCAAAUCCAUUGCUAAGACUCUUCUGAACAUCAUCCCCUCCUCCAUCUCCAACAGUCUUUCACCCUCUCAACUGGAGCAAACUAGGCAUCAUCCCCAGCCACCCACCCAUGAGGUCCAAAAUCCAUGGCACCCUGAAUCCAAAGCUCUUCUUCCUUGGCUUCUUCCUUCUCUUCAUCCUCUACUUCGUCCUAAGAUCCAACCUCUCUUCCUCUCCAUAUCCACCAACCACUUCUUCCCUACAAUUUAAUUCAUCAGAAGAGACCCAAGCUAGCCUACCAUCAACAACAACAAGACCAACACAAUCCUGCACGAAGAUCCCACCCUCCCUAGCAAACACCAUCAUCCACUAUGCCACUUCGAACACCACCCCACAGCAAACCAUCAAGGAGAUCUCCAUCACAGCCCAAGUACUAGAGAGGAGGUCGCCAUGCAACUUCCUGGUCUUCGGCCUGGGCCGCGACAGCCUCAUGUGGACCGCGCUCAACCAUGGCGGCCGCACCGUCUUCCUCGAGGAAGACAGGCAAUGGAUCGAGACAGUCCAACAGGAGCUGCCAACUCUGGAAGCGUACCAUGUCAGGUAUGACACGAAGGUGAGCCAGGCUGAGGAGCUUCUGGAGCUUGGGCAGCUGCCGGAGUGCACGACGGUGGGCGACAUGAGGCUGUCCAAGUGCCGGCUGGCGCUGAAGGGAUUGCCGGAAGUGUUCUUCGAGGUGGAGUGGGAUUUGAUCAUGGUGGACGCGCCCACGGGGUACUUCCCGGGAGCGCCGGGGAGGAUGGGGGCGAUAUACACCGCGGGGAUGGCGGCGAGGUGGAGGAAGGAGGGGGAGACGGAUGUGUUCGUGCAUGAUGUGAAUAGGCUUGUCGAGGACCGGUUCAGCAAGAAAUUCUUGUGUGAAGGCUACAUGAGGCAGGAGAAGGGGUUCUUAAGGCACUUCACCAUUCCCAGCCACAGGAGUGGCAUGGCCAUGCCCUUCUGUCCUAAUUAAUGGUAGUAUGGAUAUAUGAAGAGUUCUGGAUUUCUCAUUUGGGAUAGCUUGCUCAACUUUGGGGUUAAUUUCUUUGGAUUCAUGUGUGGGGGUUCUUUUUUUGGGUUUUCUAAGAGGAGAUCAUGAUGCAGUGGAUUGAUUUCUUAAUUCGGUAUUCUUCAAGUUCUCCAUGAAGAACUCCAUUAAUGUUAUCAUGUGUAUCUAUUAGCGACAAUUCCCAUCUGGGAUCUUAGAUUACUAUCCUCCAUCUUUUUAUUUUGGAUGAGUACUUAUCUUUGCCAUCA